AUGUUUUACAGAAACGUAGAAAAAUGUUAAACCAAUAUCGCCACAACGCCGGGAAAGGACCUGAUUCAAUAGGAUGGAAUUUUAAAUGUGAAAUCAACGGGCAAAUAAGCGACGAACUCGACCACACAAAUCUAUACACGCGUGUAAAUGAUGUUCAACAAAAAAAGUGAACAAAUCGUUCCAAUCAAAGGAAACCGUGCGUGAGGUAAGCUAUUUCACAAGGGGCACAGCAUAUUAUGCAUAUGUACUAUAAGGAUAUGAAUAUAGUGCAGCUAAUUUCAAAACAUGUUUUUUUCGUGCCAACUGUAACGCGUUCGAAGAGGAAUUACUUAAAAGCUUUACUUGUUUCCCUUAUCCACUUUAAGGUGGAUUAACAAACAGUCGCUACAAUCAUACGUGGGGCGAACGUGUCCUUGCAAUCCACAUGUCCACACAAUCAAACUUUACUGCAUACGUUGGAUGCUAGCGAUGCGUGCCAUCGUCCAACGUUAAAUUAAAAAGUAUCAAAAUAAAAUCUACCAAAGGAAUGUAUUUGUCUUUAAACAUAUUCAACAGAAUAGAAUGAUGUAAUUCUAUCAUUAUGGUCGCCUAAAUGUAUAAAAUUGUUGAAAGCAGAAUACGUAUAGGUUCCUUUCCUUGGUUUUCCGCUUCUCGGUUUCAACGUACCUGAUGGUUCAACCGCAUCGGAGCCACAGCCUCCAAACGUCAAUCGAUCUCUUGUCUUCUACAAACAACUUGUCGCACAACAGUAAACAAUGGGAAUUGUUUUGCAUUUUUAUUCAAAAUGCUAUCAUUAGGGGUGGCUUAAGGUAAGAUAUUUUCUACUUUUAUUUAUCGGGAACAUUUGGUGGCACUCUUAACUACGUCAACACUGCGGAAAAUACGUGGCUAUUCUCUGUUGCACGACGGAUUAUCCGAUCGAAAGAGAGUUGGUACUGGUGCUGGUGGAAAACAUCACGUUAAAUUCCUGUGCAAUAACCAUGGCAACCAAAUGCGAAGUAUGUUUCUCGACGACGGAAUGCAGCAUGAAGGAAAUAUUCUCCGAUGAAAAUAAACAUAUUGUAGAAAUAAUAGCGAAACAUCUGUGGUUUGAGGUAGUACAAACAGCGGUAGAUACUUGGGUGUGUAUCAAAUGCUGGGACGCUUUGCAAGAAUUCCACAAAUUUUACUGUGAAGUUGAAACAGCCCGACAACAACAAGCAGCUCGUGCGCUAAUUGACAAGGACGAGGAAGAUGUUUCCGGUGGCUUGGAACCAAAAUACAGCACAGAAUUUUUCGAGGUGAAGGUAGAGCCGGGUGAACUGUUGGAUAACACUGAAGAGGAAGAUGUAAACUGUGCCGAUGAAAAGGCAGUGCAUUGUGCUUUCGUAAAAUGCGAAGAAUCAAUGGAAAUCGAUCCUACUGCUCCCACGUCGGACGAGGAAGCUCUUCAGGACAAUAAGUCGGAUUCAUCUUCGACAGAUGGUAUGAAAAAUAGGCUGAAGAAAAAGUCUAAAAGGCUCCAUACUGUAGAAGAGGCGGCAAAGCAAGGCAAAUCGAUCGCACAGAAGGAGGAAGAUGAAAGUUUGAUAAACUUCUACAAGAGGAUAGUCUGUGAAAAAUGUGAUAAUCAGCGCAUGAUGGUUGGUGAGCCUCAGAUCGAUUUCGGUACGUGGCGCGCUCUGUUGCGCCACACGAAGGAAAUCCAUAAGCAUGAUAAAGUAUACGUGAAAUGUCCGCUGUGCGACUUGAAGUUGCGAACGAAGCAAACUCUCAUACAGCACAAGGAUUGCCAUGAAAAUCCGGAAAAGUAUCGUUGCUCGCUGUGUAACGAGAUUCACCAGAACAUGAAGGAGCAUCUGCAGAAUAAGCACCAAGAAAGGCAGUUCUGUUGCGAAGUGUGCGGGAAAAAGUUUCCGUUCAAGAAUAGGCUAACAGUACACAUGAAGAAGAUGCACGUAGAGAAGGACAUCAUUUGCGACCAGUGUCAAAAACCCUUUACAAAAUACACGAUCGAAGAUCACAAACGAUCCGUUCAUUCUGCGCGAUUUGUUUGCGAACAUUGUCCAAAAACGUUCAACAGUCGCUUCCGUUUACUAAAGCAUAUGGAGGAGCACGAUGAAAGCCUUCGGAACUCCACCUCAGUGCCGUGUACAAUAUGUGGGCAGGUGAUGCGGGACAAGUACAUCCUAACCAGGCACAUAAAGCUAAUGCACAGCGUACAACCGUCGGUGAGCUGCACUACCUGUGGGAAAACGUUCAAAUGCAAACGCAAUCUUUCCGUGCACAUGACAAACGUGUGCAUGGAACCAACCCGACUGUUUCCCUGUACAAUCUGCGGCAAGGAGUUCCGGCGGAAGAACAAACUAAAAGAGCACAUGUCUACGCACACUGGUAAGCCGUUGUACAAGUGCUCGUUCUGCCCAGAGACAUUUCGACAAGAUACGCACCUUUACUAUCAUCGGAAGAAUGUACACUACGAUCAGUGGCUGAAGAUGCAGCAGCAGCGUAAAGAAGGUGUACGAUUUAAAUUGACUGAACUAUCGUAA